UCUGCGGUGCGCCGCGCGCUAACGCCAUCCACCUUUUUGUCCACUUCUUCUUCUUCUCCUUCCGCUCGGCCUCAUCUCCACCAUGCUCCACGGACGGCUCCUCCAUCUGCUGCUGCCUCUGCUCUGCCUCGGAUCUGCCCAGUCGGAGCCGGACACAGACGAAGUGGUUCCCCGGCUGCUGUCCGGUCAGGAGGCGCACCUGUCCGCUGUCCACACGCUGCGGCGCCGCGGUCAGCGCUCCUUGGACGUCCCGGGGGGAGGGCAGUGUGACCCGGGUCAUAUGAUCCUGUCGGUGCCGGCGUUUGGAAGGACUCUGUAUCUAAACCUGACACAGGACAGUGGCUUUCUGUCGGGGGGCUUCGUGGUGGAGGAGAGGCGGAGGGAGAAACCCGCAGCUGUGAGCACGUUAUCGACCAAUCAGCGCUGCUUUUACUCAGGAUACAUAGUCAACCACACCAAUUCUCUGGCAUCUGUGAGCACCUGUGGAGGCCUGACUGGAUUGAUCCAGAUCGGAGAGGAGAGCCUGUUCAUCGAACCGCUGGGUGAAUACGACCAGUCACAGUCCUUCUCUGGACUGAAACACCGACUGCAGCGACAGCGACGCUCUGCAGAGACCGGCGACGCCUCAGAGGACGAGCAGCCGAACUACUGUGGGACUAUCCAAGGGAAGAAGAAGGAGAAGGCGUUUAAAGCGGGCGAGGAGGGUCGUGGGAAGAGGAACGCCAUCCGCCUACAUGACACGUACACGGUGGAGACGGUGGUGGUGGCAGACUCUGACAUGGUGCAGUACCACGGCGCGGAGGCGGCUCAGAGGUUCCUGCUGACCGUCAUGAACAUGGUCUACAACAUGUUCCACCAUCGCAGUCUGGGAAUCCGGAUCAACAUCCGAGUCACUAAGCUGGUUCUGCUUCACAGUCGACCUGAGAAGCUGAAAGUCGGCCAUCAUGGCGAGCGCUCUCUGGAGAGCUUCUGUCAGUGGCAGUAUCAGGAGUUCGGAGGACCACGGUACCUGGGCACCAACCACGUACCUGGAGGGCGAGACGACAUCCCACCUGUGGACACGGCGGUGCUGGUUACCAGGACAGAUUUCUGCGUUCAUAAAGAUGAACCCUGUGACACCGUGGGUAUUGCUUACCUGGGCGGAGUCUGCAGUGCAAAGAGGAAGUGCGUGCUAGCUGAGGACAACGGGCUCAAUCUGGCCUUCACCAUCGCUCACGAACUUGGACACAACAUGGGAAUGAGCCACGACGACGAUCACGCCACCUGCACAGGCCACUCCCACAUCAUGUCUGGAGAGUGGGUGAAAGGGAGGAACCCCAGCGACCUGUCGUGGUCGUCCUGCAGCCGUGACGACCUGGAGAACUUCCUCAGGUCCAAAGCGAGCGCCUGUCUCCUGCACACGGACCCCCGGAGCCGGUACCAGGUCCGACUCCCUCCUAAGCUUCCAGGCAUGCAUUACAGCGUGGACGAGCAGUGUCAGAUCCUGUUUGGAACCAACGCCACGUUCUGCAACGACAUGGAGCAUCUGAUGUGUGCCGGUCUCUGGUGUUUAGUAGAAGGAGAUUCGUCCUGUAAGACCAAACUGGAUCCUCCUCUGGACGGGACCGAGUGCGGAGCGGACAAGUGGUGCCGGACGGGCGAGUGCGUCAGUAAGACCCCCAUCCCUCAGCACGUGGACGGGGACUGGAGUCCAUGGAGCCAGUGGAGCAUGUGCAGCAGGACGUGUGGGACAGGAGUCCAGUUCAGGCAGAGGAAAUGCGACAACCCUCCUCCUGGUCCCGGAGGGCGACACUGUCAGAGGGCCAGCGUGGAGCACAAAGCGUGUGAAGGCCCCCCGUGUCCUAAAGGGGCCCCCAGCUUCAGAGACCUGCAGUGUCUCUCCUACGACCGCCAUGCCAGCAAGAAGAAGGGUAGCAUGCUGACGGCGGUGAUCAACGACGAGAAGCCGUGCGUGCUGUUCUGCAGCCCCGUGGGUCGAGAUGUGUCUGUGCUGAUGGCCGACAGAGUGAUGGACGGGACGCCGUGUGGACCGUACGAGGCAGACCUGUGUGUUAACGGGAGGUGUCAGAAAAUCGGCUGUGACGGCAUCAUCGGCUCCUCGGCCAAAGAGGACCGCUGUGGCGUCUGUAACGGAGACGGGCGCUCCUGUAAGAUCGUGAGAGGAGACUUCAACCACACCAAAGGGAUGGGUUACAUCGAGGCCGUGGUGAUCCCCGCUGGAGCCAGACGAAUCAAAGUGGUGGAGGACAAACCGUCGCACAGCUUUCUGGCCCUCAAAGACUCCAGUAAGAGGUCUAUCAACAGCGAUUGGAAGAUUGAGCUCCCUGGAGAGUUUGAGCUGGCAGGAACCACGGUCCGCUAUGUAAGGAGGGGACUGUGGGAGAAGAUGUCUGCCAAAGGACCCACCAAAACCCCCCUACAUCUGAUGGUGCUGCUCUUCCACGACCAGAGCUACGGGAUCCACUAUGAGUACACAGUGUCUCUGAACACGUCCCAGGACCGUAGUGGCGAGGAGCAGAGAGAGCCGGAGUAUCUCUACAUCUGGACCCACAGCAGCUGGCAGGACUGCACCGUUCAGUGUGGAGGAGGUGAGAGGAGGACGGUGGUGUCUUGUAUGAGGAUAGCCAAUAAAACCAUGGAGGUGGUCAACGACAGCUACUGCCAACCAGAGAACAGACCACACCCACAAGUACGGCACUGCAACACUCACCCCUGCCAGUACAGGUGGGUGACGGGGGAGUGGGGGUCGUGCUCCGUCACCUGCGGUAAAGGUGUGCAGCACAGGGAGGUGAUGUGCGUGUACCACCUGCAGAACGGCUCGCUCAUCCACACCAGAGACCUGUACUGUCAGGGAGGGAAACCGCCGCUGGUUCAGGGCUGCGAGGGUCGACUCUGCCUCACCGUGUGGGAGGCUUCAGAGUGGUCCAAGUGCUCGUCAGGAUGUGGGGAAGGAGUUCGCAGACGGACCGUGUCCUGUACGAACCCUCAGAGUCUGUGUGAUCCGCUGUCCCGGCCCGCUGAGGAGGAGCCCUGCGAGGACUUCUCCAAAUGUUACGAAUGGAAGACUGGAGACUGGUCCAAGUGCUCGUCGUCCUGCGGGAAGGGUCUGCAGUCACGAGUCGUCCAGUGCAUGCACAAAGUGACCGGUCGCCACGGUAACGACUGUCCGGUGACACUGAGACCGCCGACGUACCGACCCUGUCACCAAGGCACCUGCAACGAGAAGAUCAACGUGAACACCAUCACCUCUCCCAGGCUGGCGGCUCUGACCUACAAAUGCCUGGGCGACCAGUGGACGGUUUACUGCCGGGUGGUCCGGGAGAAGAACCUGUGCCAGGACAUGAGGUGGUACCAGCGCUGCUGCGACACCUGUAGGGACUUUUACGCCAAGAAAAUACUGCACAAGAGCUAAUGACCACCACGCACUUGCGUCUGUGUCUGAAGAGCGUUCCAUUUGUAAAUGUUUGAAUAUUUUUAAGUGCUAUAAGAAAACCAUUUAUCAAAGAUGGAACUUUUUGUAUUUAAAUAAGAAAAUAGCGAGUACAUGAAAGUGUGUGUUUUAAAUGGGCUCAUAAGCUUCCAAUUUUGAUGAAGACUUGAAAAUGUCCUUUAUUUCCUUUGCUGUACACCAAAAAGGGGGAGUAUUUACAAAUCCACAUAUGUGGCUCUAUUGCACAGAAUGACUGAAAAUAUGUGCUUGAUCUGGACGCAGACGUCUCCGCUCUCCCUCCUCUUUUUACUACGUUGUACUGUAUUAUAGUUAAGUUUUACAUUUUCAAAAACAAUUUAAAUUGUUUACAUAUAAUUCUGAUACUCGAGUAUUAUUUUAUUCUAAGUCCUGAUGAGGAGAAAUAUGGUAGACAACAGGAAAUCAACCCAACAGGUGAUGACAGCAGAGUCUCUUAGGGUACAGGGGUGCUGGUUUCACUCUCACAUACAGUCGGGGUUCACCAGGAUGUUUAUCAGAGUCGUCAGGGCCACAUGUUUCACAGGUAGAAGCUGACCUGCUAGAGCCUGAUUUAUACGUCUACGUCAAACCUAUGCCAUUGGUCAGCCAAACCAAAGUUUCACACCCCUAGUCUACAGACAUGGAGUUUCUCUGCUGUCUGCAGACUAGUCAGAUCUAUUCAUGGAAUAUCAGAGGCUGGUCUCCUCAUCCCUGUCCUCUAACUCAGCUGAUUCAGCAGCCUUACUUCCUCUCCUCUCUCUUCUACCUAUCAGUGACUGCAGUGUUAUCAGCUGCUGAUCAGUUUUUAUCAGCUGAUGAUCGGUUUUUAUCAGCUAACUCCAACUUAAUUUGCUGUUGGUGUGGAGAGUUUAAGAGGAGAUCUGAUCCAUGUUCAUAACCCUCAGACAGAGAAGAUCUGGUGUAGAUCUGGAGUAGAUUUGGUGUAGAUUUGGUGUAGAUCUGGUGUAGAUCUGGAGUAGAUUUGGUGUAGAUUUGGUGUAGAUCUAGUGUAGAUUUCAAGUAGAUCUAGUUGUUGAUUUAGAGUGGAUCUGAUGUAGAUCUUUUGUAGAUUUGGAGUAGAUCUGAUGUAGAUCUGGAGUAGAUUUUGAGUAGAUUUUGUGUUGAUUUGGUGUAGAUCUGGUGUAGGUUUGGUGUAGAUCUGGUGUAGGUUUGGUGUAGAUCUGGAGUCGAUCUGGUGUAGAUUUGGUGUAGAUCUGGUGUAGAUGUGAAGUAGAUCUAAAGUUGAUUUGGUGUAGAUUUGGUUUAGAUCUGAAGUAGAUUUGAUGUAGAUCUGAUGUAGUUCUGGAGUAGAUCUGGAGUAGAUUUGGUGUAGACCUGGUGUAGAUCUGGAUUAGAUCUAGAGUAGAUCUGGAGUAAAUCUGGAGUAGAUCUGGAGUAGAUUUGGUGUAGAUCUGGAGUAGAUCUUGAGUAGAUUUGAUGUAGAUCUGGAGUAGAUUUGGUGUAGAUCUGGUGUAGAUCUGGAGUAGAUCUGGAGUAGAUUUGGUGUAGAUCUGGUGUAGAUCUUUUGUAGAUUUGGUGUAGAUUUGGAGUAGAUCUUGAGUCGAUCUGGAGUAGAUUUGGUGUAAAUCUGGUAUAGAUCUGGAAUAUAUUUGGUGUAGAUCUGGUGUAGAUUUGGAAUGGAUCUGGAGUAGAUCUGGUGUAGAUUUGGUGUAGAUUUAGAAUGGAUCUGGAGUAGAUUUGGUGUAGAUCUGGUGUAGAUUUGGAAUGGAUCUGGAGUAGAUUUGGUGUAGAUCUGGUGUAGAUUUGGAAUGGAUCUGGAGUAGAUUUGGUGUGGAUCUGGAGUAGAUUUGGUGUAGAUCUGGUAUAGAUUUGGUGUAGAUCUGAAAUGGAUCUGGAGUAGAUUUGGUGUAGAUCUGGUGUAGAUUUGGUGUAGAUCUGGAAUAUAUUUGGUGUAGAUCUGAUGUAGAUUUGGAAUGGAUCUGGUGUAGAUCUGGAGUAGAUUUGGUGUAGAUCUGGAGUAGAUUUGGUGUAGAUCUGGAGUAGAUCUGGUGUAGAUCUGGAGUAGAUUUGGUGUAGAUCUGGAGUAGAUUUGGUGUAGAUCUGGA